UGCUACCAUAAGAGUGAGAGAGUUGGAGAAGGAAAAUAGAGUGAGAGAGAGGUGGUGAUAGAUAGGGGAAGUUGAUGGUGUGAUCUGAUGAGUACCUGUCUUAACAGCAUUUAUGAGCAUAAGGAACUCACAGAAGGGAGUACAAUAAAACGGAAAAAGAGAUGUCUGGAUCUCAGUCUUCUGUGAUUCAAGAGUACAGCCCCACUGCUUCUGCCCCAUUCACAACCUUCAGUCACACUCUCACCCACGCUACUACAACCCUGGCGCUGAGCCCAGACACCCCGGUGCCCUUAACCAAUCAGAUUCCUCAGAUGGAGGGGAUUCCAUACAGUCAGUCUUUGGACGCGCAGGGAUUGGUCAGGACUGGCGGUAACAGAAUGGCAGAGCAGAUGAUGGGAUUGUCAUAUCUGUCCUACGCGCCUUGUAUCAACCCAUCUUCCUCUGAGAUUGCAGGCCAACAGAGCCACAUGCUGCAGCCAGACUUUUCUUCCUUCCUACUACCACAUCCUCCUGGGCCCCUGCGAAAUCACCCGCUGAAGAGGGGAUUGACCAAGGACAGCAUGGAGUAUCGACUGCGGAGGGAAAGGAACAACAUUGCCGUGAGGAAGAGCCGAGACAAGGCCAGGCGGCGCAUACAGCUCACCCAGCAAAGGGCUCUGCAACUGCAGGAGGAGAACUAUCGGCUGCAGGUUCUCAUUGGGCAACUGACGCAGGAACUGGACACUCUCAAAAACAUCCUGUCGCAGCGCCACCUACGGCCCAGGGGUGAGACUGCGGCCAGGGAGGAGGGCUGUUGAGUAUGUUGAGGAGUGACAUAGAGAGCAAUGUAAUGAUCAGUGUGAAUGUUUUUUUUUUUAUAUCAAAGUAUGUUUUGUCUGUCACAUUGUUGAAAAUUGUGAAUUCCUAAAAAAAAAAAAUAUGAAAGAUGUUAUUCAGUUUGGGAUUAUUCCAAAUGUUGGCAUAACACACCAUUAAAAGGCAAAACAGUUUGUGAAUGAAAUAUAGUUCCAAUAAUUUACUAAAGCUUUUUACCUUUAGUUAGACAUGACACAGAUUUCAGCACACUAUCUACCUAUGCUAUCUGUCCUUGGAAAUGACAUGACAAGAAUGAUUGCUCAAUCUGGUUACCCAACACUUUUCAUGGUUUCAAGAACAUUAAUUGGAAUAAGACAGUUGACAGACAGUUUUGUUGGAAUUACUGUAAAGUAAUGCCCUUACCAGGAACA